UUUCUUAUUUUCUUUAUUUUUUUUUUUUGAACUCUGGCAAUGAAAUCUCUCUAGAACUUCUUCUCCUACUUGCUCCAAAUUUACCAAAUGGCCUCUCUACAAAUUUUGAAAUCCGCUUUCACUCCGGUUUCAAUUCCCCUGCCAAACUUCCCGGGAAAAUGGAGCUCGGAAUCGGAUUCCAGGAAAAAGUUUCUGAGGUUUGGUUGGUGUAGGAGCUCCAGGUACUAUACGACCAAAGGUUUUAGGGUCUGUUGUGAAGCUCGAGACAGCGACAACCAAAGCAACGGUGAAGAACCUCCUGAGUCAUUAUUUAUGAAGGAACUGAGGAAGAGGGGCAUGACUCCGACUUCAUUGCUUGAAGAAACAAAAAGAAGCAAAUAUGGACUGGAUAACGAAACAAAUUUGAAGGAAGAAGAUAUAGGAUUUUCGAAUAGAAAUGCAGUCUCAACUGAGCUUGACAAAAGCCUAUCUAAUCAAAGAGAGCGCUCCAUGGAAUUGAACAGUGAAGGACUUGAGGGUUUAAUUCCUCGGGCUAGACUUUUGUUAACAAUUGGAGGGACAUUCUUCUUUGGAUUUUGGCCGUUGAUCCUUAUAACUGUUACAUUCUUUUUGGCUCUCUACUUUUACUUUGGACCAACUUUUGUCCAUGAUGCAAGCAAGACAUCUAUUUCGCCACCCCAAUAUAUCGAUCCAUAUGCACUUCUAGAAGAAGAAAGGAUUUCACAGAUUGCCCCACGUGUAAAUUAAAGGGCAGUGUUUUCACAUACACCUCCUUAGUACUCAAUUAAUCUCAUGUUUCUGUGGCUUAUCUAUUUGCUCUUGCUCAUUCUUUGCUUGUAUAAAUCCUAACAUUAGUAUAGAACUUUCCACAUCAAUUUAUGUUAAAGUGCCUUGCACACCAUUAUCUAGAUAAGCUGUCAUGUUAUCUUGUAUCACAGACCUAUGAGUUGAAUGGUUUUAGCCCAGAAUCUCACGAGAUACAAUUCUCUUUUGACA